UCUGUUGUCGAGACUCUUCUCAGUAGUCGCGUAUUUCUUAAAGCUACAACAAGGCGGCAAAAGCGAGAAAAUGGCACCAAAUAAUAACAAAAACUACAAUGCAGAUGAGUUGGAGGCACCUGCGUGGCUGAACGAUGAGUUCUUUACCAAAGUUUUGCUUAAUUUUGAAACCGACGCCAAGGACUUGCAGUUAAGGAAAACCGAGUUGUCCCCCGCCACGCUCAAAGGAGAUCAUUACGCGAGUGUUAUGUUUCGUGCCACCGUGGAGUACAAAUGCGAUGGGGAAGUGAAGACAAAAAGGAUGAUUAUGAAAAUAAUGCCUUCCCAGGAGGGGCACAAGAAAGAAAUGUUCGAGGAGUCAACAAUAUUUGAGACUGAAAUCGGGAUGUACACGAAGGUGAUACCACGUUUCGAGCAGAUAUUACGAGACAUCGGUGAUGAUACUGUCCUGAAGGCGCCUAUUCUGUUUUAUGAGCUAAGCCCCAGAAAGAUUAUAAUAUUCGAAGAUAUUGUACCGCUGGGGUACGAAGUGCUGCGCGGACGUUGUGUAAAUAACGAGGAGAUCAAACUGGCCUACCUCAAGCUGGCGAAAUGGCAUGCCAUUAGCUACAAAAUUAAUUUUGAAGAACCGGAAUAUUUUGAAAGCUAUCGCCAAGGUCUGCUCACGAUGCCUAAAAUCGAGGAAAAUGUGUUCAUGUCACAAGCAAUUGAUCUUUUAAUUCAACAGGUAGAAACAAUGCCUCGACUCCAAAAUUAUCUGCCGCAUCUCAAAUCUAUUCGGAACAAGUUAUUCAAAGGCGCCAUAAACUCGUUCAAGGAAUACCAGGAAGCCCGAAAGGCUAACGCCUACUAUGUGUUGUGCCACGGCGAUUUUCACAACAAAAAUAUGAUGUUCAAGCACGAUCCCAGUUCGGGGAAGUUAUUGGACGUGAUGCUAUUGGACUAUCAGCUGUCCUAUGUCGGUCCAAUGAUUAAUGACCUAAUUUACUCGUAUUACAUGCUGUUGGACUCAGAACACCGUGAAGACUUUCCGCAGUGGAUGUAUUUCUAUUUCACACAUUUUAAGGAAACACUGCAGAAAAUUGGAUUUGAAGGACCGCUUCCGAAAUUAGUGGAUUUGCAUGAACAGCGAACGCAGCAAAAAUAUUUUGAGCUCUUCCUUCUUAUCACAUUUCUACCUGCUUGGAUGGCCUUCCGCGAUGGUGAUACGGGACCAGACGAAAUAAUGUCAUCCGAUGAUACCCGAAAGCAAAUAUACGCUCGCACAGACUUCCUCGAAGAGCUGGAAAAGCUGCUGCCGAAAUAUCUGCAUUUGGGUUACUUUGAAGACGACUAAAAUCUCGAAACCGUUUCGAUGCACUCAUAAUAACUUAACUAUAGAGAAACUAGUUAUAUGUAUAUAUGUAUGAAAUCAGGAAACCGCCAGAAAAGAGGGCCAGUGAGUAAGAAGUAAAAACUACAAUGCUUGUUAUAAUUCCAAUUCUAAAUUUAGUAUGAAUAACAUGUGAUAAAACAUGAAGCUCAAUGGCACAUGGAACCACUCUGAUCUAUUGACAGAGGAAUAAACUAUUUCUUUUCGUUAGUAGAAAGCUUAAUAUAAGUGUAUAUUGUUUCAUGUGUAAGCUGAAUGUGACAUUUCUUGAAAGUUUAAAUAAACACAUAUCUUCCUUUUUGUA